AUGGCCACUCUUGUGCACACCAUGUCGAGCUCACAAGCAUCCCCUAUAUUCUCUGAGCAUCCUUCCAAUCCUCUCCAUGUCAGUUCAUCCGAUGUUGCCAACACCACCUACGUACGCCAAGCCCGCCUCAGCAUGUCUGGAAAAGGCAAGACAGUUACUCGGACAAUCUAUGCCGGUGCGACACCCAAGCCACGGCAACGCAAGGCUCGGAAUAGCCGAGGGCUAGGAGACGACGUGAGCAGUGAUGAAAUCCAAAUCCAUCAAGUAGUAGGCGAUGAAUCUGAGGUUGCAAAAGACCCCGAAGAGGAUGAAACGGAACCGGAUGAUGCACCUAUGAACGACUUGGAUGCUGCAGCCGACUCGACCGAGCUCGUCGAAGGGGUGGAAAACGUAGAUCCUGAUGAGCUAAGUGAAGAGGAGGCUGAGGAACACCAUGGCUUGGUUCAACAAGUGAUCGAACCUCGUUUGGCCACGAGCAACCCCUUCUGGGACGACGGGGAAGGAGAGGCCGACGUUACUGUUACGUUUCCUCGACCUGCCAAUCCAUUAGAAGAUGAAGGCGGCGAUGAAGACGCCGAGGGGGAGGAUGACGAAGAAUAUUUGAAUUCCAAACGAGAGGAGGCGGUCGUAGUCGAAGAGAUGGAACAGGAGGAUCUUGAUCCGGACGAAGAAUCAUCUGAGGAUGAAGCAGAUUCGCUCGCAACCAAGGACGAAAUGGAGCGGCAUUAUAUCAAUACUGAGAUGAACCAGCUAAGAGAGCGCGUGCAAGGUCUGGAGGGAAAUUAUCAACUUGUGGACCGCUUAGGAGAAGGUACAUUCUCGUCCGUCUACAAGGCGAUCGACCUUAGAUUUUCCAAGUACGACAACAGAGAGUGGAAUACGAGCUUAGGUUAUGCCGACUAUCCCAUCCUCCUUGCUUCGACCCCACACUCGUCCAAGCCGAGAUCAACCCAAUACACUCCAGCCUUCGAGCGGCGAGGGCGAGUUUUUGUUGCCAUUAAGCGCAUCUAUGUGACCUCGUCUCCACAACGGAUUGCCAACGAGAUUGAACUCAUGGAGGCCGCGCGCGGAUGCCGCCACGUAGGCCAGCUAAUCACAGCUUUUCGAGACGAAGACCAGGUGGUAUGUGUGAUGCCGUUCCAUCGGAGUGUUGACUUUCGAGACUAUUUCCAGAGCCUCCCGAUGCGUACAAUGCAGACUUACUUCCGCCACUUGUUCCGCGCACUUCGGGACAUCCAUGCACGGGAUAUUGUCCAUCGAGACGUCAAGCCUGCGAAUUUCUUGUUCGAUCCUAAAGCUGGCCCAGAUGGCACAGGGUGGGGUGUGUUGUGUGAUUUUGGCCUUGCCCAGCGUGUGGAUUAUCCCGAGCGAACCCAAUGUCUUCAUACACCUCCAACCAAAGACAAACCUCAUGGUACACGAAUCAAGCCAUCUGCACACGAAUUGACAGCUCUUAAUCGCAAACUAACCUUGGCGAAUCGAGCAGGAACAAGAGGGUUUCGUGCACCCGAGGUGCUCUUCAAGUGCGAAUCACAGACCGUGGCCCUGGAUGUGUGGUCAGCUGGUAUUAUCCUUCUCGCCUGCCUAAGUGGCAAGUUCCCUCUGUUCAAUUCGAAUGACGACACCGAAGCAUUGGCGGAAAUUGCGGCGAUUGUGGGGCGGAAUAAAAUGGAAAAAUGCGCUAUGUUGCAUAAUCGAACAUUCCUUACCAACAUCCCUUCGAUAUGCAAAGACAAACCUCGAACAUGGACCGAACUCGUGCAGGACAUGAACCCCAAGCUCGCCCAGCCUCCCCCUACAUGGCCCGAGGCUGAGAAAGUCGAGCAUGAACGGAUGGUCAAAGAUGCGCUGGAAUUACUCGAACAAUGCUUACACCUGGAUGCGACCAAACGGAUCACUGCACGAGACGCACUGAGGUGCCGGUUUCUACGGGACCGGAAGCUUCCACCAGACGACGCGUUGGCUCCCCACCCGCCUGGACAGGGUGUAUGCGCAAAACUGCACUGCUUGGACGCGACGGACGAAAGCGGGCAAUCGUGGUGCGUUCAAGUUAGGACCGGCGCCUCGAGAGUGGUUCGUGCGGAUGAUCCGGACGCCGGUGCAUCGGUAAGGCGCCAUGCAAGUACCAUAUCGGCUGGGAGACCUGGGAGUUAG